AUGGCUGUGAUAAGCUUUGUGAAUCUCGCCCUGCUGGGUGUUGCGUAUGUUGUCUUUAGUGUUGUCUAUCAGAUCGUCAAAUAUCGCUUCUUCCACCCUCUCGCCGGAGUCCCUGGCAAUUUCUGGGGUAGUGUUACGCGACUAUGGAUCACGUACCAUAACGUCAAGGCCGAUGAGUGCCAGGUCUUCCAGGAACUUCACAAGGAGCAUGGACCUGUUAUUCGCAUCACACCUACGAUGGUGCUGGUCAGCGAUGCGACUCAACUUCCCAAAAUCUAUAACCGCUAUGCAAACAAGUCCAAGCACUACAUCACUGGCAGUUUUGGAAAGGAUGAGUCCCUCUUCAAUAUGCAAGACUCCAACAUGCACGCCAGGUACAGGAAGAUCGCGGCACCUCUAUACAGCUUCACCAACAUCAAGAAGAUGGAGCCCCUGAUUGAUGGCAACAUCAAGACGUGGAUGGAUAGACUGCACCGAGACUUUGCCUCGACUAACAAACCCUUUGACUUUGCUCCCUGGGCUGUCUUUAUGGCCUACGACAUCAUCUCGGAAGUUGGUUUCGGCGCUCCGUUCGGCUUUGUUAAAGAAGGUAAAGAUGUGGAGGGUCUUAUCCAGGGCUUCCACGAUGGCCUUACUCCCUUUGGAAUCAUGGCAAGGCUGCAUCCUUUCACCAACUGGGUCAAGAGUACUUUCUUGGGCAAGUACAUGGUGGCGAGUCCUGAGCAGGACUCUGGUAUUGGAACGUUGAUGCGGUUCCGUGAUCGUCUUAUUGCUCAGCGUUUCAAGGAUGUUGAGGAUGGUAAUACAAAGGGUCGUGUCGAUUUGCUACAGACAUUUAUUGAGGCUAGAGAUGAGGAUGAUAAGCCGUUGGACAUCAACUACAUCAAGGCUGAGAUUCUUCUUGUCCUUCUCGCUGGCGCAGACACAACAGGAACUGCCUUCCAAGCCCUGAUCAUCAACGUCCUCACCAACCCUUCCGUGUACAAGAAACUCCUCGCCGAGCUUGACUCAGCUACUGCCGCUGGAAACCUAUCUGAGAUGCCUCAGUACGAUGAAGUCGUCGAACACUGCCCUUACUACCUCGCCUGCGUCAAAGAAAGCAUGCGUCUCAACCCUUCCGCCCCCAACAUCUUCCCUCGUAUCGCUCCCCAAGGCGGCCUCGAACUCUGCGGCCACUUCGUCCCGGAAGGCACAGAGGUCACCUGUAACCCGUGGCUCGUGCACCGAGACCCCAAUAUCUACGGUGAUGACGCUGAGGUGUUCAAGCCUGAGCGCUGGAUGGAUGAGGAAAAGGCAAAGGAGUAUAACAAGUUUAACAUGGGCUUUGGGUACGGUACUCGUGUUUGCCUGGGACAAGAUAUUGCGAGGAUGGAGCUUUACAAGGGACCUUUGCAGUUCUUGAGGAGCUUUAAGAUUGAUUGGGUGGAUGAGUCGGAUAGGGGAACUUACGUGGUCAAGGGAGGUGUGAGUUACUUUGAGAACAUGAACAUCAGGAUCCAAAGGAGGGAGCCCGUAGCUUGGGAUAUAUGGCCAGAGAAGUACUGA